GCUUUUGGUACUCGUCUGGUGUGUGUGUGUUUUUUUCUUUCUUUCUUUUUGAGGAGUUUUGUGCUGUGUAUGUUGUCUGGUCUGGUUGCUUUGUGUGUGAUCUAGAUUCUUCUUCUUCGUCUCCUUCUUAUCCUUCGUUUCUACCCUCACCAUGGUCGACGCCCCCGAGAGCCCCGGCCGCAGGAGCAGAAAGCCCAUCUACCAAAAUGGCGUCCGCACCACCGGUCGCGCCUUCCACUCGCCCAACUGGCGCGUAAAGCGCGCCUCCUCGCCCUCCGCCCCGUCUCCCUCCGCCGACGCCUCCUCCCCCGGCCCCCGAUCCACCCCCAACACCAACACCUCGCGCCUCGCCUUCAGCAAACCCAGCCCGCAUGUCCCGCAGGCCAUCUCCGAGGGCCGUCGUCUCUACGUCGGCAACAUGCCCUACACCGCUAAGUCCGAGGACGUGCAGGCGCUGUUCACGGCCGCGGAGUUUGCAAUCGAGCGCAUCGAUAUCGCCAUCGACCCCUUCACCGGCCGGAACCCGUCGUACUGUUUCGUCGACCUCGAGACCAAGGACCUGGCGGAGCGCGCGAUGAACGCCCUGGACGGGAACGACAUGCUCGGACGCCCCGUCAAGAUCAAGCCCGGUGUCGUCAAGUCGGCCAGCGAGAGGGCCCAGAUGCAGCAGUCCCAGUCCCCGCAGACCAGCCCGCGCGAGCGCUCGUCGCUGUUCGGCAUGGAUCGCUGGAGACGCGGCGAGUCCUCCGCCACCUCCACCCCCGUGAAGUCGGUUUCCAACAACACCGGCAGCGGCAGCAGCACCGGCGACGCCAGCAAGAGGCUGUAUGUCGGCGGGUUGCCCAAGUUGACGGAUCAGGAGGCCAUCACCAGUAACAUGAUCGACUUCUUCAAGGAUUACACGGUUGAAAACGUCAGCCGCCAAUUCGCCCCCCACCCCGCCAAGCGCUUCGAGCCCGGCGACCACUACUACCUGUUCGUCGACUUCAGCAGCGCCGAGGAGGCCGAGAACGCCAUGAACGCCCUCAACCGCGCCGACGGCCCGUGGGGCGCCCCGAUCCGCGUGCAGCGCGCCCGCGGCGAGUCCAGCUCCCAGGAGAGACGCGCCCGGUGGGGUGGUGAGGCCGCCGCUCCCGCCGAGGAGGAGGUCCCGGUCGUCGGCGUAUAGUCCGAUUGACUGACCGACUGACCGACUCUGAUGGAUUAAAAUAGACAUUUGACGUUGUUACGAUAUGCAUGGGGAUCUCCCCGAAACAAAAAAUCACGACUUACCUCUCUCUUUCUCCCGACCCCCUCUCUCC